AUGAAUUUGUUAAGAAAAAAGAUUAAAAAUGAAAAGAGCUUGUCAUCAUUGUCAAUAAAUGAAAAAGAAAAUAAAAGUAUUGCAGUAACAACAUUGAAAGAUAAAAAAGAAAUGAAGAAUGAAAAUAUAAGUAAAAUAAAUAUAAAAAAGGAAAAUUUCGAACAAAAUGUUGAUCAUAUAAAUAACAAUUUAUAUAAUUCUUAUCAUCAUGAUGAGCAAGAACAAAAAGAAGAUUAUCCUUACAAGAAGAAAGAUAUAAAUAAAAAGAAGAAAUGGAUGAAACAAUAUAAAGAUGUUAAAUUAUAUAUGGACAUGCUUUUAAAUAAUUAUAAAUUAAAAAAAACAGAAAAAACAAAAAAUUGUAACGAUUUAUUAUCAGGGUUAAAAAAAAGAAGAAAGAAGAAAAAAAUUAUAAAAAAUGAUUAUAUACGAAUUAUAAAUACUGAGAAAGAAUAUAUACAAAAAUAUGAAGAAGAUAAAAUAUUUUUAGAUAAUAUAAAAAAUGUUUCUUCCUGUGAACUGAUAAAAGAUUGUUCAUAUUAUGUUUUUUUUUAUAAUCUUUUUAUUAAAGGAAUGUAUUUAAAUAAGGAUUGUUUAGAGAAUGCCAUAAAAAAGGAUACAGAAAAAAAUAGUAAAAAAAAUGACAUAUAUAUAAAUAAAAAGUGUGAUAACAUUGCAAACAUUAUAAAAUCAGAAAAAAAAAAUAAUGAUAAACAUAAUGUAAUAUUAUUAAAAGGGAAAUAUACAAGACAAUUGAUAUGUGUUUAUUUAAAAUAUUUAUUAGACAAUAUAAAAAAUGAGAAUACUAUUAAAGCAAAGUUUUAUAUCUUGGAUUAUAUAAAAAUAUUAGAAAAUAAGAAAAAAGAAAGUGACAAAAAAUCUUUUGUUUUUAAAAAUGGUAAUGAAGAGGAUAAAUUAGGUAAUGAUGUAUUUUUAAAUUAUAAUAUAUUAAACGAAAAAAAGGAAAAUGAUAAUAAAAGUUAUGAUCAACAAUGUGAUGUCAACCACCAUUGUGAUAAUAUGUUAAAUGAAAAGAACCAUUUGAGUUCCUCAAAUUUAUUAAAUGUAAAAAAUAUAAACCAUAAAAAAGAAGAUGAUAUAUUUAGAAACGAUGAAUCGAUUAAAAGUACUAAUUUAUUAAGAAGCAAUGAUAUAAAAAUAAAUGAACAUAUUUACAAUAAAAUAUUAAAUAAUUUUAUAAGUGAAUUAAAAAGCUUUUUCUUUUCUAUGUUAGAAAAGAUAAGAAGUUCUAAACUUUUAAUAAAAUUUAUUUUAGCAUUUACAGACAUAUGUUUAAUAUUAACACCUUAUUAUAUUAAUAUAAUUAAUUAUAUAGAAAUAUUAUGUGAAUUUGCUCAUAUAAUACCUAUAAAUUGUAUAUCGUAUUUUAUAAAUUUUUUUCAAAGUUAUAAAAAUAUAUUCAUUGAAAAAUAUAAAGAAUUCCAACAUUCUAUUAUUCAUAAUGAUCCAAUAAAAAUACAAUCUGUAGGUGCUAGACUUAUAGGUUUUAUAAAAAUAUUACAAAAAAAAAUUAAUCUUAAUAAUAAUCAACAAUCAAUAUAUUCUUUCUUUCUCAAUUUGUUAUUGGCUGAAUGUCUGCCAAUAAAUCAUUUAGGAUUUUGUAAUCGACAAUCAGCAAAAAAUAAUUUUCAUUAUUUUUUUCAGGACACACUAAAUUAUUGUAACAAACAAAUUACAGAUGAACAAAUAGUUUAUGACAACUUUGAAUUAAAAAUUCAAAAUAAUAUUAAAAAUUAUAAAAAAAUUAAAACUAUCAUUCAGGAGGAAAUAAAUGGGGUUCAUAAGAAAUGUGUUUCACAUGGAACAGAGAAACUCAUGGGUCAAAAAAAUAAUAUAUGUGAUGAAAGUAUUUUAAGUGAUGAAAAUGUUAUAGUUGAUAAAAAUACUUAUGGUGAUAAAAAUACUUAUAGUGAUAAAAAUAUUUAUAGUGAUAAAAAUAUUUAUAGUGAUAAAAAUACUUAUAGUGAUAAAAAUAUUUAUAGUGAUGAUAACACGUCAAAUAAUAAAAUUGUAGAAAGUGCCGGCGAUAAUAAAAGAAAAAGAGAAGAAUCGAAAGAAAUGUCCUCCUCAAUUAAAAAACAAAAAAAAAACGAUGAAAAUGAUUUAAGAGAUAAUAAAAAAAAUGUAAGCAAUGAAGAAUAUAUAGAACAAAAAGAUAACAAGCAAAUAUAUUUAUCAUACAUGUCAUUUAUUUCUCUUGUAGCGUUUAUAAAAUAUCCAGAAAUAAUUACACAUGAUAACAUUAUUUUAUUAGAAGAUGUAUAUAAUUCAUUCAAAACUUUUUUGAAUUAUAUAAAUAAAAUAGAUAAACAAAAAAAAAAAAAAUUUAUAGGUACCAAAAAAUAUAUGAAUAUGAUAAAGGCAUAUUUAUUUAAUGACCAUAUUGAUUUCUUAGCUAAUUUUCACAUUUUUAAAAUACUAGUAUAUGAUGAAAACUUUUUAAGGGUUUUAUUUUUUAAUAUAUUGGUAGCACUGAACUAUUUAAAUAGGGAACUUCAAAUAUGUGUGAAAGACGACUCUGAAUUAAAUGACAACAACAAUAAUAAUAAUAGUAAUAAUAGUAAUAAUAAUAGUAAUAAUAAUAAUAAUAGUGUUGUUAAGAAAAACGAGACAAGUAUUAUAACUACAAGAGCCUCGUUUCUCUUUCUUGCAGAUUAUGAUACAUAUAUUGAUAACGAAGAAGGAGAUCGAGAAAAAAAUAAUAAUCAUAUGAAUGCUUUCACGACAAGGGGUCAUCAAAAAAGUAUAAGAGAAAAUAGUAAGAACAAAGAAAGUGGAAGAAGUAGUAUACUAACAACAACUACAAGCAUAAAUAAUAAUAAUAACAACAAUAGCAAUAGUAAUAAUAACAUUUUUGAUAGUAAUAAGAUUAAAGAAAAUAUAAAAAAUAAAGAUAGCGGCAACAACAGAAAUAUGUCUGUUAAUCAAAAUGUUUUUGUGAACACAAUAAAAGAUAUAAAAUAUUCUAAAGAAAAUGAUGAUAAAUUUAUAGUAAAAGAAAAAAUUAAAAAAAUCAUAUUCACAUUUAUAAAAGAAUUAUUAAAUUAUUUAGAUGGAUUUACUAAUACUAAUCAUAAUUUUAUGCUAGCAAAAGAAUAUUCGUGGUAUGUAUGGAAGAAACAAUUAAAUAUGUCAAAGCAUAAUAAGGAUCACUAUGAUAUAUCCUUUCAAUUUAAAUGUGUUGAUGAAGAUAUAAAGAAAGAAAAAACUUAUGACUUAAACCAAUUAACAAAUAAUUAUACAUAUAAUAAACAAAGAAAUAAUGAUUUGAAUUAUAAUUUUGAUACUAAUGAAUUUUUAAAUUCUAAUCAUAAUGUAGACAGAACAAUUUAUAAAAAUGAGGUGUCAUACUUAUCAAAUUUAACAAGAAAAAAUAAAAAAACAGAUAAUCAAUCACCUGUAGAAAGUCUUAUAAAUAUCAUAGAAAAUUUUGAAGUUUUAAACAAAAAAAUGAAACCAUAUUAUUGUAAUAAUAAAAAUAAAAAUAUGGAACAAAUAAAUAAUACAGAUAUGAUAAUGAAUUUUUAUAAUAAUAUGACACCAAUAACUAAUGAGCACUCUACAAAUAAUAAUAAUAAUAAUAUGUUUAAUAUAAAUAAUUUCUUAUUAGAAAUUAAUAAAAUAUAUUUAAGAAGAGAAGCAGAAUUCUGGGAGCUAGAUGAAAGUGAUUCAAUAACUGAAGAAAAAAAAAAUGAAAGUCAUAACAAAAUUCUUAUUGAAAAACUUAUAGAUAAAUUAGAUGAUUAUAAAAAAAAAAUAAAUAUUGAUAAUGAUCCAAUUAAUGAAAUAGAAGAAAGUGAAAAAAGUAAAAAUAACCCAGUCUUCAAAUUUAGGUUAUCUAAACUUUUUAUUUUAAAAUAUAUAGAUCUUUAUACAAUAAUAAAGAAUAAAGAAUUUACAACUGAUUCGGAUUUUCUUUAUAAUCUUAUGAUUCAAAUGGAUAAAAAUGUUGAAAGAAAAAAAAGCAUACUCAACAAAGGAGUAGCAGAAAAUGAAGAAGAAAUAAAUAUGGAAGAAGAAAAAAAUGUUCAACAAGAAAUUAACAUGCAAGAUGAAAUAAAUAUAGAAGAAGAAAAAAAUGAAAUUCACGUUGAGCAACAUGAAAAAUUAAAUGAUAAGCAAGAAGAAUAUGAAGAUGUAACAGAGAACCUCAAUGAAGAAGAAGAAGAAGAAGAAGAAGAAGAAGACAAAUUUUUAACACCUGAACAUCUUCCUAUAAAUGUAGAAAUAAAAUGA